GCGCCGCGUGUUUUGAGUGUGGAGGACGUCGAGCAUGGGACACCUUGGAGCUUUUUUAACUGUAUUUCUCUUCGUGCAUUCAUCGGAUCGUACAUUCGGUGCCCUGGAUCCCCCUCUGUGUCAGGUCGGGGUCCAGUUCAGGUGCGAUGAUGGUUUGUGCGUCUCCAGACUCGAUGUGUGCGAUGGCCAGCCACAGUGUAAAGAUGGAUCAGAUGAACGAGAUUGUGGUGGUCACGUUUGUAAGGGCAGUGAAUUUUUCUGUGACACUGGACAUUGUAUAGCAGCCCAGUUCCUCUGUGAUGGGCUGGACCACUGUAGUGAUGGGAGCGAUGAGAGGCUCUGUCAGAACUGCUCCUCAGGGGUCUCAUGUGGCCCCUCCGGUCUGUGCCUGUCCAAACAGCAGCUCUGCGAUGGAAAAACAGACUGUGAAGAUGGACGUGAUGAAGAUGAGCGAGUGUGUGGCUCCCUGAACUCUGCUUGUGCUGCCUCUGAGUUUCAGUGUGGAGAUGGACAUUGUAUUCGACACUCAUACAAAUGUGAUAACAUAGCGGACUGCAGCGAUGCCAGUGACGAGGAGGACUGUGAUGUCGAUGAGUGUCUGUUCAAUAAUGGUGGCUGCGCUUAUGUGUGUGUGGAUGAGCCACAAGGCUUCCACUGUGAAUGUCCCAACAACACAAGGCUGGUGGGGGACAGCCACUGUGAAGAAAUAAACCCCUGCCUUGAGGCUGAUGUGUGUGACCAGUUGUGUUUGUACACAAACAAUGAGCUCACCUGCAGGUGCCAAGACGACUAUGUGAAGGGCUCUGCUGCAGGCGACUGUAAAGCUAAAGGCUCUGCAGCCCAGCUGCUGUUCACUGACCUUGAAGGAGUGCAUAUAUCCAACAUCACUGGGUCUAUGUAUAAACAGCUCAAGUCUUUACGUGGAAGACUGCACAUGACACGUUUGUCCUCAAAUAACACAUUAUACUGGGCACAGCCAGGAGCUAUGUCAAUUUACAGGUUGUCGUUUGAUGGGAAGCAGCUCGAUGCCCAGCAAGAUUUCAAAGUUCCCAGUUCAGUGUCUGGCCUGGCCGUAGACUGGCUCCACACCUUAUUGUACUGGUCCAGUGCAGAGUCUGGCUCUGUUCAUGUCGGUCUGCUGGAUGGCUCAGUGCAACGCCCCCUGCUGACUGGACUAGACAAACCCUGUGCUGUGGCAGUUCACCCUCCUCAAGGGGUGAUCUUCUGGGCAGAAUGCGGAAACAAUCCUAAAAUUGAGAAGUCUAGUUUGGAUGGCCAGUACCAAAAGACUUUAGUCAGUACUUUAAUACAUAAUCCGGUUGCACUUUGUCUUGAUCUACCUCGCCAGCUGCUGUACUGGGCAGACCAGGGACUGAGGAGAAUCUCUAGAGUAAAUUUUGAGGGUCAUUAUCGUAAAACAGUGGUUGAGUCAAAUGGCUUCUUGGAUCAGCCUUUUGGACUUGCCCUGUUUGAGGGUUUUGUAUAUUGGAGCGAUGAAGUGAGCCGUUCGAUUUGUAGAGCAAACAAGCAUGAUGGCCGUCACUUUGAAAUAGUCCUGAAAAACAUUACAUCACCAGGCAGCGUAGUCAUUUCCCAUCCUGCUCUCCAGCCUGACAGUCCAGCUGCCUGUGGUCGUGAGCGCUGUCAGUACUUGUGUGCAGUGAAUGUCAUGGCUCAGACUCUGAAUAUUAGCUGCACUGAAAACAAACAGAACAGAUCUGAAGAAUUUCCAGUCAUUUCCCAAACAUUUCCUGCUGGAGUUUUAUCUGAUUCCACGUUUGCAGGACUCCUCGCUCUCACAAUGUUCCUUAUUAUUAUUCUGAUGGGCAUGUUUCUGUGGUGGUGCAGAGAAGACUUUCGUCCACACAGAGGUUUUGAGCACAGUUUAUCCCUAAAAGAAUCCAGGGACCCUCUCAUGGAGCCCACCCAGUGCCCUACUAAAGAAACUCUAUGUAAGCUGGACUUGGACUGUGAGUGAAGCAGUGGCACACUCAGCUGACGUGACCCACUGCUGUCUCCACCCUCACUGAUGGUUGGUUUAACAACAAGUCUCCUUGCCACAUCUUUGAGUGGCAUCUAUCAGCACUAGGGACAUCAUUAUUUAUUUUUUGAUAAUAUUCUGAUCACAGUAUCAUUGUAAGAACUAAAAAACGAGGAAACACUUUAUAAUAACUACUAGGGUUGUCAAAAGCAUCUGAAAUGAGAUGCUAAUCGAUAAUAAAACUAAAUACUCAUUUGAGCAAGUAUCGAAGUGGAUUCAACUUGGACAGUGUUAUCUUGAGUUUAUUCGAACUAGUCUAAGACCAAAUGUUAUACUAAACAUACUAUUAUUUUGUAUUAGAAAUUACAGUAUUGUCCAAAAAAAAUGUAUAUCAAGUCAAUUCUUUAGUUUCAAAAAUGAGUCUGAAAUUUUAGUAUCGUGGCAACACCUCAAUAAAGCAUGAACAAAGACGUAAUUCUUAAUGAACAAAUGGGUUAUUACAUUGAUUUAGGCUUAUAUGUCUGUGCAAUCCGUUAGUUGUCUAGAUAUGAUCCGUAGUAAAAGAAAAAUUCGUAGUAAAAAGUAGUAAAAGCAAAACUUCUGUCUGAAGGGAGGAGCUGCCUUAUAGUUAAUUACCUAAACCUAUUCUCUUAAGUAGUGACUAAAGUUAGCUACAGUUUGUUCAUUUUGAUGAAGUCUUUCUUCAUGCUUUAUUAAGGCUAGUUAUGGUGUAGUUAUUAUAAAGUGGUAGUAAAAAAUAUUCAAAAAAUUAUACAAAAAUAUUUAUUUUUAGAGCACUUUAAAAAUAUGGUUUACAAAAUGUCGACAUCAAAUAAUAACGUGACAGGGAGAUAAUGUAACAGAGAGAUAAAAAGACAAUGUGAGCAGACAGUCACAGAACAAUGAUAAGAUGAACACACAGCAAGGAUAAUAAUCGUUACAUUAGACACAAGAAUAAGUGUGUUAGAUAAUCUAUGCUCCAAAGAAGUAAGCCUACAUUUAAAGUGCCUUUUAAUGGCUGUUUAUGUAGUAAUAAGGUUAUGAUUCAGAAAGUUUGAUUUUAUAAAGCUAGUGACAUAAUAAGUAAAUGAUAUGAUUUAUUAGACAAAGUGAAAGAAAAAAAAAACUUAAGGAUUUCACAGCUGUUUGGUCAUGAUGCCAAUAAUUAUGAAUAUCACAGACUGUAUAAAGAAGUGGACUAAGUGAGUGUGACAUCACCCAUAGUGUUCAGCUCCAGUCACAUGAAGCUCAUCGAGGCUGGAGCAGUUAUAGGGGACAAUUUGGAGCUGAAUAGGAAUUCCAACCAUGAGUAUCAUAGCAACCAAAGAGCCAACCCAGAGUAAGGAUGCUGAAGGUAACGCCCCUUCCCACUUGCACCGCUGGUUUAGCCGGUUCAGUCAAACCUGUUGCUAACGCUAGCAGGAUUGACCUCAGGGAAAGAAGGCGCCUGAUUUGUUUGUUAUUAAUGCUCAUAUGUUGAGUUAAGGACAAGUACUGAAAUAAAAAUACCAGGAUCAUGUUGAGCGGGUUAAUACGAACAUUUUAACACCAAAAUGAUGAGCCUGACAACAGCAGUUACACAGAGAGGGGCAACAGUUUUACAAUAGAAAGUGAAUGGGAACCAAAGUCGAUGGAACGGGAAGUACACUCAUGCUCACUUCCUUUUUGCAAUGUGGCGGCUAGCAGGUUAGCUAUGUCCAUUUAUAUUUACAGUCUAUGAUAAUCAUACAGUUGUGUUGUUUCUUCAGUUAUUAGCACAAACAUGUGAUACUGUGACAUCCCUACUCCACACAGCCCUGAGGAGCAGCUGUUGGAGGCUUCAGGCAGUUCUCUUUCAGACAUGGGAGCUGUUUGAUGUAUGAUUUUUUUUUUUUUCUUUUUAAAACUUUCUAUUUUACAGUAGAACAAAUGCAAAAAGCAGUUAGUGGAAGUGUUAAUUAGCUGUGAUAAUUGUCUUUGCAGAGUCGGGAGUGCCUUAGUUGAAAUUUUGAAACCUGGAAAAAUGUUAAUGUGUACUGGAUGCAAAGGAAUCUCAGUAUUAUUGCUGUUCUUAUGUUGAAUUACAUGAAAAGAUUUAAAACAUAGCACUGCUAUUAGAGUUAUUAGCGCACAAGUUCAUAGUUCUAUUUUGAAAAGUAAACUAGAAAUUCUGAAUUUGUUUUGGGUCAUGCUGUAAUUACGAAUAUAAAAAGUACUACUGAUUAUUUGACCUGUAAAAUAGUUUUGUUCCUUUUUAGCCUGGUGCUACAAUGAGUCAAAUAUACUGUACGCUAUGCUGUAGUGUGGAUGAUUGUUUUGAACUCGCUUGGGUGCUGCCUUUUCUGUUUUGUUUGUUUAAUUUCAGAAGAAUAUGGACCUCUGUCGUGUGAAUUCUGUUGAGCUUUGAACUAGUUUUUUUCAAUAAAUUAUUUUAUUUAUUUAG